AUGGGCCAGGGUCCACUAUGCGAAAAGGCUAUAGGUCCAAUUCCUGAACAUCAACUGGACUGGGAAGCCUACAAAUUUGUAAAUCAGCAUGGCCAAUGGAACUGGUCGCUAUUUGAACCCUUGUUGCCGGCAACUGAAUUGAUGAAAAUAGCAGCCACCAUGCCGCCGAAUCAAAUCAGAGGAGAAGAUAGAAGACGAUGGGAGCCAUCUGAGGGUGGAGAUUUCUCGUUUAGAUCAGCUUACAAUCUGAUAGAGAACACACCCCAGGGACCGAAUUCUUCCUCCCGGCGGACAAAGCGAGAAGCUUCUUUGAGGAUGACGUCCAACAAUGGCUGCUGA